ACCUAGGCCAGGAGCUGAUGGACCAAGCAGGGCAACACCAUUAGUUUCUAAGUUAAAUAACUGAUCCUCUUCUCAGAAGCAGUCCUGCACAUCAUGAACAAAAUGCACAGAGUGGACCCUGCACAACAGGAAGCUGAGCAUGAUGACCAGUUGUCACGGCUGCCAGAAAAGCUGCGUCAGCGACUGAUGCCUUUCCAGAAGGAGGGUGUCAGAUUUGCACUCUCUAGAAAUGGAAGGUGCAUGAUUGCUGAUGAGAUGGGCCUGGGGAAGACGCUGCAAGCCAUUGCUGUGGCAUAUCUCUACAAGGAGGAGUGGCCGCUCCUCGUCGUGGUUCCCUCUUCACUCAGAUACCCCUGGAUUGAAGAGAUGGAGAAGUGGAUCCCAGAGUUGAGCCCUGAGGACAUCAACCUUGUGGAUAGCAAGUCAGACAUAUCCAGCAUCAAAUGCUGCAAGGUCACUGUGCUGGGCUAUGGACUGCUCACCAGUGACGCCCACGCCCUGCUCGAUGCGCUUACCCAACGGGACUUUCGCGUGAUACUGGUGGACGAGUCGCACUAUCUCAAGUCCAGGAAUGCGGCCCGAAGCAAGAUCCUGCUGCCACUCAUUCAGAAAGCCCAGCGUGCUGUCCUGUUGACAGGCACACCAGCACUUGGCCGGCCUGAGGAGCUCUUCAUGCAGAUCAAUGCUCUAUACCCUGGGAGGUUUGGAAUCUGGUCUGAGUACGCAAAUCGCUACUGUAACGCUCAUUACAGAUUUUUUGGGAACCGGCGUCAUUGGGACUGCCGGGGUGCAUCCCACCUGGACGAGCUGCACCAGCGCCUGGCUGAGGUGAUGAUCCGCAGGCUGAAGGCCCAGGUGCUCAGCCAACUGCCCCAGAAAAUCCGCCAGCGCAUCCCAUUCGACCUUCCCAAAGACGGAGCCAAGGAAGCCAUCGCCAGCUUUGAGGAGUGGGAGAAGCUGAUGAGGACGCGGGUCAACAGGGCCGAGGACAGCGAGAACACCUUUGCCGAAGUCAUGGGCCUUGUUACACGCAUGUACAAGCAGACCGCUAUCGCCAAGGCAGGGGCUGUGAAGGACUACAUCAAAAUGAUGCUGGAGAACGAGAAGCUCAAGUUCCUGGUGUUUGCCCAUCACCUCACUAUGCUUCAGGCUUGCACAGAGGCUGUGAUCGAGGCCAAGACUCGCUACAUCCGUAUUGAUGGAAGUGUCCCGUCAUUGGAGCGGAUCCAGCUGGUGCAUCAGUUUCAGAGUGACCCUGAAACUCGUGUGGCCAUUCUCAGCAUACAGGCAGCAGGACAGGGCUUGACGUUGACGGCUGCGACCCACGUCGUUUUUGCGGAGCUCUACUGGAACCCAGGCCACGUGAAGCAGGCGGAAGAUCGCGCUCACCGCAUCGGCCAGAGUUGCUCGGUGCACGUGCACUACUUGAUUGCCAGAGGCACCUUUGACACAGUCAUGUGGGCCAUGCUGAACAGAAAGGAAACCAUAACAGGAAGCACUUUAAAUGGCAAGAAGGAGUACCUGAAGGCAGAGGUUGGGGACACGGAGAAGUGGGACUUCUUGAACUUUUCCAGUGCGUGGACACCCACCGAAGUCAUGGGCAGUGCCUACGAGGAUGACCAAGAUGGCGGCAUCUUCUUCUCCCAUUUUGAGAAAGACAAGCAGCAGGAUAUUCGCUUGUUCUUCUCUCCAAGCGCUUGUGAGGAAAAGAAAAGGAAGCGGCAGGAGGGUGACAGGGAGGUAAAGGGCAAGCAGCAGACCCCAAAGAGGAGGACAGAUCAGAGCAACGUUGUCACUCCCCAGGUGAAGAGGCUGCGACCGGUUAUACCCAGGGUUGCAUUAGGGAGGGAGAGUCUGUCCUCAUCAGGCAAAGGUGGCUCCAAGUCCCUCUUCACAGGCCACAUGCAGCUCUCGGGGAGUGCACAUCAGAGGCAGCAGUGGAGCUGCCAGACCUGCACCUAUAUGAACAGCAGCCUACUGCCCUACUGCGAGAUGUGCGAGUCACCUCACUCUUCCCGAAGCACCACACUGUCACGAAAAAAAGGAGCACAGACCUUCUCUGCUGAGACCAGUCCUUGUGCCACCGCACUGACCCCCAGCCCCCAGAUGUCGUCACCUAGUACGGAGAGCGCAAGGCAUGAGCCGGAGCCGGGUAGCACACAGAACUGUGGAACAGAGCAGCAGCCAGGACCCACAGACCACACACAUGUGGACAGCACAGGACACACUGACACCCCAGUCCAGCUGUAUGAGGGCCUGAAGUUCCAAGCCAGCAGGAACACAGACAGGAUCUACCUGUACACCAAGGAUGGCACUCCACUGAACUGCAAUUUCAUCCCCAUGGACAUCAAGCUGGAGAACUGGGAGGACCUUCCUGAGGACUUCAACCACAGGGAGAACAAGAGACACGUGUUGAACUUUGUGCGGGAGUGGAGCUCCCUGACUGCCAUGAAGCAGAGGGUGGUCCGACGCAGCGGAUGCCUCUUCCACAGACCCACACUGGCACUGGAGGAGCUGUUCAGCAGCCAGCGCAGACAGAGCAUCACAAAGAGGUAUCUCACGAGGGAGGACGUGGCCCAGGCAUCCCUGAGCAAGGCACAGAGUAAAAGGGGCACCGUGCGAGUUGUCACCAAGGAGACCUUUUUUGGCAAGAGCAGGACCACCCAGCGGGCUGACACUGCUCCAGACAAAAGUGAUGGGUGUUUUUCAAGUACCCCUCCUGGAGACCCAGCAAAUGUGCAGGAGGAGGCAGGAUAUUUGCAAGCUGUUGACAGCACAGGAACCCCCCUCUGUCUGUCCUGCCAGUUGCCAUGCGGUUCUGGGGAGGCCUGGGACUCGCGCUUCUGUCAGCAGAGCUGCCAGGAGGAGUUCCAGGUGCGCUCCAGCCAGGCCUACAUGCGGGCACGAGUGCUGGAGGUGGAGCAUGGCGUGUGCCAGCGUUGUGGCCUCCAGGCCCACCAGCUGUUUCAGCGCAUUCGGGAUGCUCCUCACGCAUGCAGGAAGGAGAUCCUCGAAGGCACCUGGUUGGCUCAGCUGCCCCUCAAACAGCUUCCGUACAACAUGGUGCAGGAGGAGCUGUUGUUCCUGUUCGUCUGUGGCUUUGUGCCAGGGAAAGAUAACUGGCCUGGAGGCGCCAACAGCAGUAUUGGGGCUGAACGACAUGAUCAGGAGCCCCUUGGAGGGGCAGUUCUGGCAAGUAGAUCAUAUCCAACCUGUGUACCGAGGAGGUGGACAAUGCUCUCUGGACAACCUGCAGACCCUGUGCACUGUAUGCCACAGAGAGAGGACAGCCCAGCAAGCCAAAGACCGCAGCCAGAUGAAGAAGGAAACAUCUGCCUCCAUGGUGGCCUCUGACAUUACCAGAUUCUUCAUCAGAAAGUGAUGCCUUUCUUGACACUUUGCAACAAGGUGUGGGGCCGAUGCGAGGUCACUAUUAAGGACCUCCUUCCCCUUUGACAUGCCAUUGUUCUGAGGCAGGAGGACGACACAGAUUGCAAUGUAAGGUACCAGUAUGUGACCCUCUGGCAGUGCUCCGAGUGAUUCGUCAUGGAGCGUUCCAGGUGUUGUGCUGGUGUUGCUCAGGUUGGAUCACAGGAAACAUGCCAAUUUGGGGAGCCCUCAGAAGGCCUGACCUGAGCCAAAGCUUGGAAAAUGCUGAGCAACGGGCCUGCAGUCCACCAUUAUGGGCUAUUUUUUUUUUAUUUUCUUUAAAAUUUAUUUCUCCCCUGAGCUUUUCCCUCACAGCCAGGUCUGAUUUAUGACAAGCUCAGCCAAAUUGUACCGCUUCUAUUUUAAGUUAUGCAAACUUGGUGGAAAACAAGUUGAUUUACAUUUCAACAAACACAUGCGCUGGGUUUGUUGCAUACAUCUCAGCUUACCUGGGUAAUACCAUUUGCUCAUUUGGCUUCUUUAAGUACUUCAGUAAAAAUAUAGAUGAACACGUCAUUUUAAUUGCUAACGGAGAUGAUCGACAUGAACAAUUAACAAAAUAAUAAAAGUGCCUUAAUUAUCUUUGGUGUUGAGCUUUCUUCUUUGACGGCCCUCACUGUUUGUGUUCUCUUUGAUGGGCUGCAACUCGACAGUGUGAAUAGACUGACGCCUGAGCUCAGGGAAAAACAUCUUUGUGGAAACAUUAAAGGUUCACGUGUUUAUACCUUUGACAGCAACAUGUUUCCAAUCUCUUGCCAUUACAGGGAAAAGAGGGGGGUGGGAUGGUGUGUGGCUG